AUGAAUGGCACAGUAACUAUCUGGACAAGGAAAUUCAUGACCAACCGACUACUUCAGCAGAAACAUAUGGUCAUUGAUGUCCUUCACCCCAGGAAGGCAACAGUACCUAAGACAGAAAUUUGGGGAAAACUUGCCAAAGUGUGUAAGACAACACCAGAUGUCAUAUUUGUGUUUGGAUUCAGAACCCAUUUUGGUGGUGGCAAGACUACUGGCUUCGGCAUGAUUUACGAUUCCUUGGAUUAUGCAAAGAAAAAUGAACCCAAACACAGACUUGCAAGACAUGGCCUGUAUAAGAAGAAGAAAACCUCAAGAAAACAGCACAAGGAACGCAAAAACAGAAUGAAAAAAGUAGGGGGACUGCAAAGGCCAAUGUUGGUGCUGGCAAAAAGAAGGAAUAAAUAUUCUGCAGUGACUGUGGAUUUUUCACCAGAGGAUUAA